AUGAGUUAAUCAGUCACGAACGGUGCUCAGUCGGUCCGACAAAUCAGUCAUUGGUAACAAGUGGCAUUUGUGUUCCCCACCCCUGCGACGGCGACGUCGAUCUCUCCCAGUUCACGUAUCUUAGUCGUGCCGCCCGACGCCGAGUCAUUGCGACUCAUUGGACAGCAUCUGGGAGCUUGGCUUGACAAGAGGCAGUCGCUCUUGCCAACAUGGCGAACGAGUUCAGUACACUUAUCAUGGACUGAACAGAUCUGGUUCCUCGCAGUCGCUUGACGAGGAUCUAGACUCUAGUGAUCAGGUGCUCGUUGCGACAGCUCGUCUUGUCCAACGUCAACCUUCGUGCACUGCCAGUGUGGAACAACUGCAGAUUCUCUGUCAGGCUCACAACUUGCAGGGCUACUCUCUUCGGCGAUCAAAGGUUACAUAAUUGAUUUUGCGGGUUCUAUUGUCUUCAUGCGCUGGGCGUUGUCCAGCAUGCGAGAGUGGCUACAUCUUCAAGCGAAGCACAGCCAAUGACAUUCUGGUCCCCAGCCUGCAGGCCUACAACGUUUGAUUUCAAGGAAUGGCGUGCUGCCAUCACUGAUUCGCGUGGUCCAUCGGCGGAGCGACCUAGAGGGCCAGCCCACCUACUACUAGAUUUCAUUAUAGAGGCUGACUCGGGGUACACUUUGUGUCCUCAGUCUCGAGCACAAGCUUGCCUCCGGAAAGGCAGCGGCAGGAGCACUUGCUCGUGGCGUCCGAGUCCGAGGCAAAGUUGCGACUCAGGGCAUGUCCAAGUUGCGAUCCUUCCUUUUCUGAACAUGGGGCAACGGCAUAGAAAUUGGGAAAUACUUAAUGUAAGUUGAAUCCGUUGCAAAGAAAGACAGAGACCUGACUCCUUCCUAUUUCUCACCCUCACCGGCCCGGCCAGCGAUCGAAUUCAACACGCCAAACCUACUAACGGCGAAGCGGCAGGUGGUCUUCAUCCACCACCAGUUGAUCACACCCAGGAUGUAAGUAGUGAUGUAUAUGCUUGUCUUUGUGUGCUCCAGCGUCUGAUGAUUGGGCGGACAGACACGGGUGUGUGCAGUCAUUGGAAAGAUGGAGUCACGGGGGGCGACCCGGUGCUGGACGCCGGCGUGAUUCCGCCUGUUCCCAAUUGGACCCGGAGAAUGUUCUCGACCUGCCCGAUUACAGUCGAUUUUAUGCGGAGGUCCGGGAGGGGCUUUUUACCGGUCGCAAGUACGCCAAAGGAUAUCCCACGCAACUCCCCGUGACUGUCGAUGAGCACCCUCGGCGACUUGCACAAGAAUAUCCCACGCUAGGCAGUGGGCACCCUGGGUGA